CCAUCAGACUUCGGAACAAAGGGAAAGGGAGGAGCAAUAAAGAGGAUCAAACAGAGCGUGUUGAAGGCUCACUAAAAAAUGGUACUACCAGGAAUGAGCUUCUGAACAAAGAUGAACUGUUACGCAUAUUCCACAAGGGUCUGUCUCUACAUGUGAAGCCUAAUAUGACAACUGCAGAAGAACAAUGGCUUCAAAGGCUGCUCCCUUCCUACCCCGGUUACCGUGGCAACCGCCCGGACUCCCCCAGCCCCGCGCCUGCUGCGGAAUCGCUCCGUAGCAGCAGCAGCAGCAGCCGCCGCUCGCUGCCGGACUCGCUGCUACUGUCGCUGCCGUCGUCUCCGCCGCCUCGCAUGGAGCUGCUGGCUGCCGCGCUCAGCGCCGCCUGUGCCUUGGACCAUGAGGGCUCCGCAGAAAGCGUGGCCGGAGGAGCCCGCUCGGCUGGCAGUGAAUCCCCUUCCAUGGCUGGACCAAUUCCCAUUCCUGAAGAGAGCCCUGAGCUUCAAGACUGUCCUGCUGCUUUCCCAGAGGGCCUGCAGAUGAUUCACCCUAUGACAGCUGACUCCUGGAAGAACUUCAUUGAGCAAAUAGGUCUCUUGUAUCAAGAAUAUCGGGAUAAAUCCACACGUCAGGAGAUAGAAACUAGGCGGCUGCAGGAUUCACAGACAGAUACGGAAGAGUGCACAGCUAUUGAGGAGACACCAUCAGAAAAAGAAGCUACAGAUACAGUGGAAAACAAGGCUGUUCCCCAGAUUAACCUGCUCAGAAACUCCACUUCCAGAUUUAAUUUAUGGCAAGAUCUUCCAGAAGUCAGAAGCAGUGGUGUUCUGAAUAUUCUCCAGCCAGAUGAGAUCAAACUUCAAGAGGCCAUGUUUGAACUGGUCACUUCAGAAGCUUCAUACUACAAAAGCAUGAACCUGCUGAUAUAUCAUUUCAUGGAAAAUGAGAGAUUGAAAAAGAUCCUACAUCCCUCAGAGGCUCAUAUCCUCUUCUCCAAUCUCCUGGAUGUCAUGGCAGUCAGUGAGCGUUUCCUCUUGGACCUUGAGAAGCGGGUAGAAGAGAACAUUGUGAUAUCGGACAUCUGUGAUAUUGUCUAUCAUCAUACUAUUAACCAUUUCUCAGUGUAUGUAACCUAUGUCUCCAACCAAACAUACCAGGAGAGAGCUUACAAGCAACUUCUCCAGGACAAGCCAGCUUUCCGGGAGGUAAUCUCGCAGUUGGAAAUGGAUCCCAAAUGUAAAGGCCUGCCUUUCUCAUCCUUCUUGAUUUUGCCUUUUCAAAGGAUCACUAGACUGAAGCUGCUGGUACAGAAUAUUCUGAAGAAAGUAGAAGAAAAAUCGGAACGGGAAAUCACUGCCCUUGAAGCACACAAAGAAUUGGAAACAGUGGUGAAGGCAUGCAAUGAAGGUGUUAGGAAGAUGAGCCGUACAGAACAGAUGAUCAGCAUCCAGAAGAAGUUGGAAUUUAAGAUCAAGUCUGUUCCCAUCAUCUCCCACUCCCGUUGGCUGCUAAAGCAAGGGGACCUACAGCAAAUGAAUGGCCCCAAAACAUCACGUACCCUCCGGACAAAGAAACUCUUCCGAGAAAUUUACUUGUUCCUCUUCAAUGAUUUGCUAGUGAUCUGCAGGCAAAUUCCUGGUGACAAAUACCAGGUGUUUGAUUCUGCUCCCCGAGGGCUUCUUCGGGUGGAGGAGCUGGAGGACCAGGGGCAGAGCUUGGCCAAUGUCUUCAUCCUGAGGCUGCUGGAAAAUGCAGAUGACCGUGAAGUCAGCUAUAUGCUAAAAGCAUCGUCCCAAAGUGAGAUGAAGCGUUGGAUGAUCUUGCUGGCUCCAAAUCGACGAACCAAGUUUGUUUCCUUUACGUCCAGGCUCAUGGAUUGCCCCCAAAUACAGUGUGUCCAUCCUUACGUGGCUCAGCAGCCAGAUGAGCUGUCACUGGAACUGGCUGAUGUAUUGAACAUCCUGGAGAAAACUGAUGAUGGUUGGAUAUUUGGGGAGCGUUUGCAUGAUCAGGAAAGAGGUUGGUUCCCCAGCUCUAUGGGUGAAGAAAUCCUGAACCCCAAGAUACGAUCCCAGAAUCUAAAGGAGUGUUUCCGUGUGCACAAGACGGAUGACAGUCAGCGAAGAAAACUGGGCAGCAGAAACAAACAAUAAUUACUGUGUACAGUUGUCUGUUCUGCUUGAAAAGCACCUUAUGGCAGAGGCAAUCGGGAUUCAUUAACAGGGAAGCAGUACAGGAUAUUUGCAUCUCCUCUCACUUCCAAGCCAGCAGGCUUUUUUUGCACACUUGAUACUGUGUGGACGAUGCCUCUGAAGAGGCGGUAUGGCUAUCCUGCACCUGUACAGAUCUAGGAGCAGUCUUAAAAUGUAUUUCCAAGUAUCCUGCCAGCUGUAUACAUUUCUCGACUCUGCAUGGUGAGGAAACCUUGAACACUGAAUUAAUGGAAAAUACAAACAUGUCCAGGCCCAGGAGGCUUCCAGCUUGGUACCACAUUGUCUUUGACAAUGGUACCACAAGGUGCAGCGUUUGAUUUUUUUUAAAAAAAUUGUAAAGAUAGAUUCGGGGAGUUUAGGAGCUUUGUAUCUUUGAAAGAAUGUAAACUGCCAGCAUCCUAACUGAAAUCUACGUUCAGGAAGCUCCUCCUUAGGAAACAAGUUUGGACUACCUGCAAGGCACACCGGCAGACCUCUCUUCUGUAAUUGCAUCAGUGGAAGAAAGUCUCCUCAUGAAGUUCCCAUUUGCAGAAGGCAGUACAGAAGGGAGGCUUCGAAGUCAGAGAAUCAGUUGCAGAAGCUGCAAGACUGGGAACUCAAGAUGGAAUCCGUAGGAAUUUUCAGCCCUGUCGCUCACUGCUUGGCCCAUGCUGGGUAUGCUGCUACUCAGUCCUGGCCUAGAAGGUUCUUUCCUGCAGGAAUCAUCCUUCUCUUGUGAAUGGAAUUACUAACUGCCUUUGCGUAUCAAAAUAAAGUACACACACACAUCUCUGCCCCCAGAUAAUCGUGCAUGAGUGUACAAAUAUGUUGAAAGAUGGAGGCAGUGCAAGUAGCAUGUAUUUAGGAUUUCCUUUCCCCUAAACAAAUACAACACUGAAUUAUAUAGGGUAAGCAAGAACAUUAAAUGUUGCUCCAUAAAUACAUUUUACUCCUACUUUACUUGCAAAUGAUUAGGAAUUAUUCACCUUGGAAAACAAGAACAGUGAAGACGCACACAACAUUCUGUUACAUCUGGAGAGUCUUCUGCGGCCUGCAAAGUUCUGUAUAACCUAUUGCCUUUCCCUGAUGUACAUAUAGACUCAGAUCACAGUAUUUUAACAAAUAUUUCUGAACAACAUGCAUCUGUCAAUACAGGAGGAUUAUAAUCAGACAACAGACCAGUGCUUAUGCAGAGAGGAACUGGGCUAGGCAAAAAGAGGCUUGAGGCAGAGGGUGACACACUUCUUGUACCAAACAUUGUCUGCAAAUGGUGUACUAAAGCAAUAGGAAGGCCUCCUGCUCAUUAGCUGUGCACUCUGAGCCAAACAGCUGUGUGCAUGAACUCGAUGUAUAGCACUUUCAAGUUGGUGUAUAUAGGAAAGCCUCUGAAAGCCAAAAGGAACAAGAAAGCAUUUCCUCCUUUAGUACAAUCAGGAGUUUCUGAAAUAAAGAACAGAGCUUUACUAAAGACAAAUGCAACAGUGGAGAUCAACAGAAGAUUGUAAAGCACUUUGCAUAUUAAAAAGUGUUACAUAAAUAUCUGACAGUAAGUAGUGAUUAUUUAGCUGCUCCACUCCAAUGAGAUCAUCAUUGAAAUGCCCUUCCACAAUAUAUUUAAAAAGGUAACUGGGAGCCUGUGUACAUUGCAGGUCUAAUGUAAUUUACUUAUGAAACAGCCAUACCAAGUCAUCCCGGUAGACCUGCUGUCUCUGUCUGAUGGCAACUCUCCCAGGUC